AUGGGAUUCGAUAAUGAAGUAUCUAAAAAAUAUAAAAAACCAAAUAGAAGAUCAAUAGCGUGUGUGAAUUGCCAUAAAUUAAAAGUACGAUGCUUACCUUCUUUGGACAGUAACAUAUCCGUUAAUGAUGGAUCAAUAGCACCCUGUAUUAGAUGUUUGAAAGCAAACAAGGUUUGUGUUUAUGAUACCUCUCAGAAAAAUAAGAAAAGGAAAAGAAGAACCAAGGCCGAGAUAGAAGCUUCCAAAAAACAACCGAGGCUUAAUGUUUUAACAACUGCUAAUGAAAAGGGUAUUGAGGAUCAGAGAUCCAAUUCUUUAGUUAAAUAUAACUCAAAUAUAGCUAGUCUGCAUAUUGCUCAACUAGAUACUAAUAACGAUAAUAAUAUACACUCUUCUGAUAAUUUUGAGCCUACAACUAAAGACCGGGAUGACUUAAUGGGACCAACUAACUAUGUACAAUAUACAAAAUCUAUCGAUAGAAAUCCAGACAAACAUAACAAAAUACCCAAUUUUCCAAUCAAGGACACCCCAAUAAAUCACCAGAAAUCCGAAAAAUUCACUGCUACAUCUAAAAAUGGAACGUCCAACUUUUUAACUCCAGACGGAUUCAAGGAUAUGAGAAAUUUUGGUGGCACUUUACCGACUUCAGGUAAUGUAAAUGCUUCUUUUGCUAACAAUGCUACAAACAACAAACGUCAAAAAAAGAUACUAAAGGAUUCGCCCCUAUAUAAAGAAUUAAUGCUAGUUCUAUCUCAACAAAGAGAUGCCUUAAACAAAACUAGUAAAAACUUGAAGAAAAUGCAUGCCAAAUGGGACGAAAUAGCUACGGAUAGAUCGUUUGGUCCAUGCUUGAUUGAUCCGCUUUCUUCCGGUUUACUCACUGAAAAGGAGGCCAAAAGAAGAUUGGACAUUUUUAGAAUUGAAGUCAUGGAAAUUCCGCAUUUAAAAAUAGUUUUACUACCAGAGGCUGCGUCUGUUCAAGAUCUGGUCAAAAAUUCGCCAAUUCUAUUCACUGCCAUAAUGACAUGUGCUUCCAUUUUUAUUAAGAAAGAUGAUUCUUUCUCUUCUUCAUUAGAUUUAUUUAUUAAAUUGGAAAUUUUAAUCCUAAGAUUAUUAUCACAAGAAGUUUUAAUAUUAGGUAACAAAUCUGUAGAAUUACUAAAGUCUUUGUUAAUUAUGUGUGUGUGGUAUAACACGCCUGAGUUAUUUCAAAAAAGAAGAUAUCAUAUCUUGAAUUCUAUAUGUUGCUGCUUAUUAUCAGAUAUUGGGCUAAAUGGAAGACAAAUUUUUUUAUUUGAUAAGGAAGGGAUUAAAAGGGGCAACAAUACUGUUGUGGAAGCAGAAGGAACUGAACUAGAAUAUGAAGCUCUAUGUCUAUUAGUUUAUGUUUCUUCCUUAAAUAUAAACUUAUAUUUACGAAAGGCUAUCCAUGUUAGAUGGUCUCCGAUUUUGGAAAAAUAUUGUUUGAAUUUGAAAAAGUCUGCGUCCUUGUACCAUCAAAAUUUAUUAGUUUUCACUAAAAUGAACAAGAUCUUGGAGAAAAUACACAUGGUUCUACAUAAAAACAGUCAAGAGUUUUCAACUAGAACUCAAACUGGUAUUGGAAAUAACACAUCAUUGGAUGGAAAUAGCCAAGACAACAACAAAAAUAGGUUUAAUGUUUCAGCUGAUUAUUUGGAUGCGCUAGAAAAUUUCCAGUUGGAUUUAAAUAGUGUUUUUUUGGAAAUACCCAAAGAUAAUCACAGAUUAUUAACUUUUUUCUAUUCUGUUGAAGCAUAUCUACAUGAACCAUCGUUGACUACAGUCGUUAGCGAGCCAGAAUUAGAUAUUAACUUUUCUGAAUCUAUCAUUGAUUCUGUAACUAAAUGCACUUAUUAUUCCUUGUACUCCAUGAAAGAAAUGUUACAGAUUGAGUAUAGUAGUUUGGUGGCGCUUCCAUUAUUUUAUAGUAGUAGGUUGAUCUAUACUGUUGGUAUGUUGUUAAGAAUUCGUUAUAUUUCAAUAACAGUUUCAAGCUUUUACCAGUUACAGGAAGUAACAGCGCAAGUCGUGUCCAUGUGUAAUGAAAUUUCCAGGAGAUUUGAUUUAUUAUUGAGUGAAUAUCCGUACAAUAAUAUAAUAGGUAAAUUAAAGUUGGUCAUUUCAUUAUUUUUGCAAACAUAUGCCACCCAAAUUAAAAAGGCGUUUGAUUCUGGUCAUUGUAGUGUAGAUAUUGAGACGGUUCCGUUUUAUGACCUUAAUUCAGUGCCGGAAUCUAGCAUAAAUCCUUUGGUAAAUACAAUAAACAAGAAAAGAGUAAAUAAUGAUACAACUAUUGAUGGUGGUAAUAAGCCUGAAAAUAAUGGCGGUACAGAAAAAGAUGUACAUGUAUCUGAUAUUGGUAAUCCUCUUCGAUCUUUAUUUCAACAGAAAAAUCAAGAUAACAAUGAUGUCGCUAAAAGUAGCGGGUUGCACGAUAAUUUUAAUAUUCCUCAAACAGGCGAUAAUAAUCUGGUGGAAAAUAUAUCGGGUAAUGAUGAAGACAACGUUUUAAGUGCUACAAAUAGUGCAGAUUCAAAAGAUUGGACUACUGCUGCUAAUUCUCUAAAAUUAGACGUUGAUAUUAAUAAGUACUUGGAAGAUUUAAAUAAUUUGGGCGAUGAAUUUGCUUCAUUGAACAGUGAGUUUUGGGGUAAUUUGUUUUUAACAAUGGAACAUGGUGUUCCAAAUACUAGUGAUAAUAUAGGCUCCAUAUAUCCAUUUCCUACUGUUGGUUCAACUCCCUUUACAGCACCGAUUCUUUCAAAUGAUAAUUUCGAUAAUUGGGGGAAUAAUACAAGUUCCUUCAACAAUACUGGUUUUAAUUGUGCUUCAUCAAACAUGAAUAGCAACAAUAAUAACAGUAACACUAAUAGUAAUAUUGGAGGUGAAAAUGAAAAUGAAAAUGAAAAUAAUAAUAGUGAUAAUAAUAAUAACAAUGAUAAUAGCGAUAAUAAUAAUAAUAAUAAUGAUAAUAAUGAUAAUAACAAUAAUAAUAAUAAUGGCAAAGAUAUGGAUAAUGAUAAAAAGGGUAACAAAAAUGAUGAUAAUAGUAGUAGCGAUAGUGGUGGCCAUGAUAUUAAUAACAAACAAAAUAAUUAUGAAUAA